UUUAAUUGGACCAGGACUUUCUUGGCAGGAUUCACGACGGGGACUGAUGGAGCUGCUGAACUUCCGCAGGUGGCGCUGCAGUGGAUCAGUGCUGUGGGCAUCGGAGUCCCAGCCUUCUCCAGAAUGAACCGGGCCUUCACCAGAAAGAAAGACAAGUCAUGGAUGCACACUCCAGAGGCCCUGGCGAAGCACCACAUCACCUAUAAUGCCAAGUUCCUCGGCAGCACGGAGGUGGACCAGCCCAAGGGGACCGAAGUGGUUCGGGAUGCGGUCCGGAAGCUCAAGUUUCAGAGGCACAUCAAGAAAUCAGAGGGUCUGAAGAUCCCCAAAGUGGAGCUGCAGAUUUCCAUCUACGGGGUGAAGAUAUUAGAUCCCAAAACAAAAGACGUGCAGCACAACUGCCAGCUGCACAGGAUAUCGUUCUGUGCCGAUGACAAAACGGACAAGAGGAUCUUCACGUUCAUCUGCAAGGAUCUGGAGUCCAACAAGCACCUGUGCUACGUGUUUGACAGUGAGAAAUGUGCGGAGGAGAUAACCCUCACCAUCGGACAGGCCUUUGACCUCGCCUACAGGAAGUUCCUCGAGUCGGGGGGGAAGGAUGUGGAGACCAGAAAGCAGAUAGGAAGCUUGCAGAAGAGAAUUCAAGAAUUAGAGUCAGAAAACUCUGAGCUGAAAAAGCAGCUGCACAAUCUGGAGGAGCAGCUCAUGAUUUCCCAAGUGUCACCAGCAGGAGGCGUCUCGGUGAAAGCGCCCCCUACGGAUAUUUUCGACAUGGUACCGUUCUCCCCGGGCGCGGUCCUCACUCCGGUACCGGCCAACAACGGCACAUCGACCGCUCAGCUCCUGGCCAGACCUGCCAAGAGCAAUGCAGGAAAAGACCUGUUUGGAGCCGAACCCUUUGACCCGUUCAUCUGCGGAGCGUCCGAAUUCCCCCCGGACAUCCAGUCCACGCUGGACGAGAUGCAGCGUCAGCGAUGGUUCGUACGCUCUUAUUGCACUCUGAAUCCACAGCGUGUCUCGUCCUCGUCCGAGCGCCGCGCAUGUCCUUGUGCUCAUUCCGGUGUCUCCACGGCGCAAAGCAUGCUGUAGCCAAAAACACUGCCAAACUUCUCCCUUCGUAAGCCAUGAGGGGUUCAAAAUGGGAUUGACCUUGGAGGGCACGGUCUUCUCUCUGGAACCUCUGGACGACCGCAGCUGAUACCGAGGAGAUGCGCCUGUCGCGUGCGGCGGUGACGCACAUCUGUGUCAAAGUGCUGCGACUGGACCUCUGCGGCAGGAUGUGGUCGUUCUCGUCUCGAACUUUCUCCACUAAACCACGUUCGUCUGCGUCUCGCUGCGCUUCACACUCAGCCAAUAAAAGUGUCCUAUUUUUGUAGGGUCUAAGAUUCGUCUCGGUCGUGCAGCCGGGGCUUCGCCAGGCGAUGAGGCAUGUAAAUACCACGGUAAUGAACUCUGCUGCAGAUCCUUUCUGUCUCCACUCUGCUCGUAAAUCCAUUGUUUGACUCUUCAAGUAGAUCACUUUGAAAAACUGUGAUAGGAACCUCUAACAACAGUAAUAACCUUCUCUUCGUCACCUUUUCCCCACGGCAGGUCAGUGCUUAGCUAGCUCAUCAUGAUCUAUAACAAUAUGUAUGUUUCCAGUCACAUAUUUCUAGUCAGACAUUUGGAAUUUUCCGGAACGUUAAGCUGCAUAGCACAUUUUUACUUUCUAGUAUGUAUUUGUAUCGCAGUUUUAUUUCUUGUUAUAUUCCAGUGUCUCUGCUGGCAUCAGAAAGCACUUUGAGGAACAUCUCUGUCUAGUGUGUUUUUAUUCAUAUGCACUUUUUUUUUUUGCUGUUGUAGAUAUUAAAGACCAGUUAUGAAAUGU